CCUCAAGCCGCCAGUUAAAUGACAGAAGAAGAAGAAGAGGAGGAAGCGCUUUAGCCAUUAGCCGUGCCCGCUACACGUGAAACCGUUUAAUGCCGGUUUGUGCAGAGCCGCGAUGGCAGGCAGCAGGCUGGAGAAGUUUGGGACGGUGUUCACACGGGUUCGAGAUCUGAUGCGCUCUGGAGUCAUCAAGCCGUCGGAGAAGCCCAUCUGGUACGACGUGUACAAGGCGUGUCCACCCCGCAGGGAGCCGCUGCACGUGAAGCUGUACGCCAGGACCCACGUCAAGACAGACGAGCCUGUACGAGACAUAUUCUACAAAGAGGAUGAAAUCAGAGCGAAAUUCUAUGACGUGUAUGGGACGGGACCCAGGCCUUUGGAUCUCUCCAAAUCCACCUUUGUGUCCACAUGCCAGAGGUUUGUGGAGAAGUACACAGAGCUGGAGAGCCGUGGGGAGCUCGACCAGUCGCUUCUGUUCGAGGAGACUGGAAAGGCCCUGCUGGCAGAGGGCGUCGUCCUGAGGCGGAGAGGAGGCCCUGUGGUGUCAGCAGAGUCCAGGGAUCCCGUGCUGGAGCUCCGGUUGACGGACAUGCUGGCAGAGCAGCAGCAGGCGGGCGGUUCUCCUGAGAACCAGGAGACGGUGGAACAUGCAGCGCAGACACAGUGAGCCUCAGCGUCCCUCGGAGCGAACGACGACAACCAGCCGCUCCGUCUCACCGGCUUGAGAAACUUCAUCUGGACCUAAUCUGGGAAUAAUCUGUCAACAGAGGGUGUGGUGUUGUUAAAGUAACAAAGUAAUGCCGAGCGUCGGUGUGCGCGGGAUCAAGCUGCUGUCCGUCCUGUGGACUGUGGCCAGGCCGACGUCGCUCCACACCGCCCGGCAACACAGCUGAGACUGAAACCCUGCGCCGCAUCCCACCGGGGGAGGGGCGCAGGAAACCACUGGACAUCCACAAGACUCACACACUCUUUGCAUAUGUUCCAUGUGUGUGGACUUUCAAUGUAAGAAACUGCAGCUUCGAAGUGCAAAAGUAAAAUUACACUUGUCGACUCUUCACACGGUUUAAGUAUCAGAUAUUUUAUGUGCAACUCAGUUAUACGUAGCAGCCAUUUUGUUUCACAGCUGAUAGACAAAAACAGUGAAGAGGACUGUAUGACCCGUGAUAUUGAAUGUCAAGCCCGUCUAUCCACAUUACUUCUUGAAACAAACCAUCUUGGUGGUGCAAAAAAUGUCACAACAUGCAAUCGAAAUCCCUCAACUUUCAAUUUGAAUUUGUAAUAUUUUGGUUCUGCAGCUGAUAGCUAAACCAACAGCUGGAUCAGAGGUAGGAAUAUUGACAUGUGAGUUAUAAAAUGUGGCUGCUUGCUUUGGGAAAAGUUUAGCAGAAAUGUGGAGUGUGUACAUUGUGUAGAUAUUGCACUAAAAAUGCAGAAAGUAGGUUGCGGUCCUUGAACUCUGGCAUGUUUGGUCUUUAACACCUGCAGAAAGAGCAGCUGGUUCAUCUUCUGAACCCUCCUGCUAUAAUUUGAGCACACUGGAAAAAUAGGAAUUGUUAUCUUACAGGAAGGACUUUUUUUCCCCCCCAGAAAAAUACUAUGGCUGUAUGUCACUGUAAAAAUUAAAAAUAUGAUGGAUUAGGAUUACGGGAAUGUCCAGCAAGCUGCUGCAAGACAUGAACAGCACACAUCCUCAGUUACUAAGCAUAUUUGCUGUGUGUAGUCUGCCUCUACAGUGUCAGGAAGACGAGGUCAAACAAUAAAUAAAGUAUCUGUGUUAACUAUG